AUGAAUGGUGAUGUUGAAGUUUAUGAAACAAAGACAGAGUUAAACAGUGGUACGUUACGUUACGCCGUUGAUGGAUGGAGGAAAUUCAUGGAUGAUAACCAGUUGCAGUUUGGACACAUGUUGCACUUCACAUAUGUAACUUCACAGAGGAAGAUUGUGUUGAACGAUUAUCAUUCACUUAAGUUGCAUGCUGUCAUUAUAGUGUAUCUUUAUAGUAAUAUAUUUCAGAUCAUGGAAGCUAUUGAUUUUGACACCUUAGUCGUGGAAGUUUUGUCUAGGCUCCCUGCAAAAUCAAUUUGUCAAUUCAAAUGUGUUAGUAAAGCAUGUUAUUAUGCGUUGUCUGCUGGAACACUAUCCGCUAAGACUGUAUACUUCAUUGUUUCACAAUCUUGGUGGGUAAUUGGAAAGAAGUUUAUAGUUGCUUUUGAUGUUUUAUCUGAAACAUUCAAACUUAUUAAUUUUCCUUUGACUAAAGAUCUUAUUCCUAGCCAAGGGCAUCUUAUCACAUUGAACCAGAAUAUUCAAAUGUUUGUUGUUUCCGAACCUGAAGAGCAUAUUGUUGAACCCUUCAAACUCAAAGGUGAAGUAUGGCAUAAGGUUUUAUCUUUUCAGAAUUCUCAAACAGUUUCUUUCCAAAGUAGGCGGCACCAACCACAUAUAAUGGAGUACAACACAUGGAUUUUAAUUAGUGAUUGGGGACAUAUGGUUACCGUUAAAGUAACGGACGAAGAGUUGCAUUAUUUACAAGAUGUUGAUACAUUUAACGGAGAUAAUGGAGCGUUAUUUAUAGAGACUAUUAUUUCUCCUUUUACAAUGCCUAAACGACCAAAGAUUGACUCCGUAUACAAUGACAUUGAUAAAGAAAACACUCAGGAUGCUGUCCUCCCAAUUGUUACUCGAGACGAGGCAUCUCAUAGAAGAAAAUUAAGAAAAUUAUACUUGGAUAAUAAGAGAUCAAAUGGGGGAACUACAUCGUCAUCCCUCAAUAUUGUAUCCACCAAUAUUAAUUCCACUUCCACUCCGUGUGUUACACAACAUCGUCCAGAGUUUCACCUGAUGGAUAGAGAUAGCAUGCGAUUACCUAGAUCUAUUAUUGACAAAAGAAGAUCUACUACCAUAGGUGUUACAUCGGAUAACAUAGUCAACAAAAUUGGUUGUCACAAUUUUGAAUCCACUCCUGAUGUGGCUAAUAAUGUUACUCCAAGUCCAUCAAGUAUGGUAACAAAUUAUUUGGAUCAUGGUGAUCAAGUUAUUACUUGUGAAGUUUGUUAUGCAAAGUUAUGGGAUGUAGAGAAAGGAAGCGGAAGAAAAGAGGGUGGCAAAAUAUGUCAUAUGUUAUGCUGUGGUUAUGUCAAAGUUGUGUUACCUGAUUACAAAUCUGCGACACCUUAUUAUAAAAGUCUAUUCAUGUCCAAUGACACUGAAAGCAUGCGCUUUUUGAAGAACAUUCGACGUUACAAUUCUAUGUUCGCGUUUACGUCAAUGGGUUGUAAGGUUGACCAGACCGUUAAUACUGGUAAUGCUCCUUUUUGCUACAGAAUUAAUGGUGAAAAUUAUCAUUCUAUUGGUAGUCUUGUGCCAGAAAACGGAGGGAAAUCUAAAUUUUGUCAGUUAUACAUAUACGAUACUGAAAAUGAGUUGGCAAACAGGUCUUCAGACAAUGCUUCCCCAUCAACCUCUUCAGACGAAACUGAUAAUAAGCUGAUACAACAAAUCAAAGCAAUGUUGGAUGCCAACAAUGUGCUUGUGAAAAUUUAUAGGAUGGUUAGCGAUUGCUUCCAACAGAAUCCUAAUACCACUUUAAAGCUUCGCCUUAUUGGGAAAAGAGAACAAGAUGGUCGGACUUAUAACUUACCUACUUCCUUCGAGGUUGCUGCUCUUAUUGUUGGAGAUAUUGAUAACGCUCUUGAGAAUAGAGGUAUCGUUGUCGAGACACAAACAGGGUCAAUAAAAAGAAUAAGUGAGUUGCAUCCUUCCUAUCUUGCACUUCAGUAUCCUAUUUUGUUCCCAUAUGGAGACGACGGUUACAGAAUUGACAUACCCCAUAGGGGUGUCAUUGAUGUUACUAACAAGAAACGUCCGAAUUGUACAAUGAGAGAGUUUUUUGCGUAUCGUGUACAAGAUCGUAGUAACCAGUUUUCAUUGAUUCUAAAUUCUCGACGGUUAUUCCAACAGUUCUUGGUUGAUGCUUAUACGAUGAUUGAGAGCGAGCGACUUAACUUUAUAAGAUUUCAGCAACAAGAUCUCAGGUAUACAUAUGAGAAUAUCCGAAAACUAAGAUAUAACGGCCAACAAGAUUUGUCUAAGGUUGGAAAACGUAUUUUCCUUCCAUCUUCGUUUACAGGCGGGUCACGAUAUAUGAUGCAAAACUAUCUUGACGCUAUGGCCAUUUGUAAAUGGUAUUGUUAUCCCGACUUUUUUAUAACCAUUACCUGCAAUCCCAAGUGGCCGGAGGUUCAAAGGUUUCUUAAGGACACAAAUCAUAAUCCGGAGGAUAGGCCUGAUAUUUUAUCGCGAAUCUUUAAAAUAAAGCUAGAUGCAAUUUGUAAAGAUUUGAAAGACCAUCAUUUGUUUGGAAAAGCUUCAGCUGAAAUCCCUGAUAUAAACCAAGACCCGGAACUAUAUACGCUUGUGAAAGACCAUAUGAUUCAUGGUCCAUGUGGUAACGCUAGAAUGAGCUCUCCAUGUAUGGUUGAUAGAAAAUGUUCGAAAGGUUUUCCCAAGAAAUUUCAAGAUCACUCAACCUUGGAUUGUAACGGAUUUCCCUUAUACAGAAGAAGAGAUGACGGUUCCUUCGUUUUAAAAAAUAGAAUUGAGUUAGACAACAGAAGUGUUGUACCUUACAACAAAAAACUUUUGAAAAGAUAUCAGGCGCAUAUAAACCUUGAAUGGUGCAACCAAGCGGCGUCAAUAAAGUAUUUGUUCAAAUAUAUUAAUAAAGGUCCUGAUAGAGCAACAGUUGCUGUGGUUCCGAGCAAUAAUGAAAACGAGCAAGCAGAAAAUGAUGAAAUUAAAGAGUAUUAUGAUUGCAGGUAUAUAUCGGCUUGUGAAGCCUCUUGGAGGAUUUUUUCCAAUGAAGUUAAUUAUAGGAGUCCUUCUGUUAUGAGGUUGCCUUUCCAUCUUCCUGGACAACAAACAGUUUGUUUCGGUCCUGAUGAAGAUAUUAAUCAGGUGCUAAACAAGCCAUCUGUGAACUCAUCAAUGUUUUUGUCUUGGAUGCAACGUAAUCAAGAUCCUAACGACACUGUUGCACGUACACUAACAUAUGUACAGUUUCCACGUUUUUAUGUGUGGAAGCUUGACCAGCGUAUAUGGGUUCCGAGAAUAAAAGGAAAAACAAUUGGAAGAAUUCAUUCCGUUUCUCCGUCUACCGGUGAAGCAGAUGCUUGCUAUGCGCUUGGUUUGUUGGAUGACGACUCGGAGUACAUUGAGGCCAUCAAAGAAGCAAAUAUAUCAGAUAGCGCAGGUUAUAUUCGCAAUUUAUUCGCCACCAUGUUACUGUCAAGCACUUUAUCAAGACCUGAAGUAGUCUGGGAAAGCACAUGGAAGUAUAUGACAGACGAUUUUCUGUACAGAUUCUCAAAGUAUCAUCGUGUUUCAUGUUUAUCAAUUCCUGAUGAGCAACUAAAGAACUAUGUUUUAUGCGAAAUCGAGAAGUUUUUAACUCGGAAUAAUUCAUUGCUUCGAAGAUUUGUAUCAAUGCCUUACCCGGAUACUUCAUCUUUAGAUAACUUUCGCUGCCGAUUGAUUAACGAAGAGCUUGCAUACGACAUAAUAGAUUUACAAAAUGUUUAUCAAGGUCAGGUGAAUUUGUUAACGGAUGAACAACGUUCAGUAUAUGAAGAAAUUAUGAACGCAGUUGAUGGAGACAAUGGAGGAGUAUUUUUUGUUUACAGUUAUGGCAAGACUGGUAAAACAUUUUUAUGGAAAACAUUGUCUGCUGCAAUUAGGUCAAAAGGUGAGAUCGUAUUAAACGUUGCAUCUAGCGGAAUUGCAUCCUUGCUGUUGGAUGGAGGAAGAACGACGCAUUUUAGGUUUCAUAUACCUUUGAAUCUAAAUGAGGAUUCCAUUUGUCACAUUAAACCUGACGAUGAUGUAGCUAAAUUACUACAACAGACCAAACUCAUUAUAUGGGAUGAAGCUCCUAUGGAUCAUAAACAUGCAUUUGAGGCUUUGGAUAGAACUAUGCAUGACAUUUUCAAUAUAUCUAAUUCAUCCAUGUCUGAUGUUGUAUUUGGAGGAAAGGUUAUUGUAUUUGGUGGUGAUUUUAGGCAAAUAUUACCUGUUGUUCCAAAUGGUAGACGACAAGAAAUUGUGAAUGCCUCAUUAUGUUCGUCUUAUCUGUGGAGUAAGUGUAAGUUGUUGACGUUAACUAGAAACAUGAGGUUAACCUUUGGAAGACCAUCAUCUGAAGUUGAAGAGAUCAGUAAUUUUGCAAAAUGGUUGUUGGACGUUGGUGAGGGAAAUGUUGGUGGUUCCAAUGAUGGAGAAGCAAUAAUUGAAAUACCACCUGAGCUUUUAAUUGACAGCAUAUCUGAUCCAAUUUCUAGCCUGAUUGAUUUUGUCUAUCCGUCAAUCUUGGAGAACUACGAUGGUCGUAAUUACUUUAGUACCAGAGCUAUACUUACGCCUAAGAAUGAGGUUGUUCACGAGAUUAACGACAGAUUGUUGGCAGUUUUCCCAGGUGAAGAAAAAGAGUAUCUUAGUUCUGACAGUCUAUGCCCUACUGAAGAUGGCAAUGCUGAUCAGCAAAAAAUAUACUCACCCGACGUGCUAAAUGGUCUUAAAGUGUCUGGUUUACCAAAUCAUAGGUUAGUGCUUAAAGUUGGUGUUCCAGUAAUGUUGUUGCGAAAUACUGACCAACGAAAUGGUUUGUGUAACGGUACAAGGUUAAAGGUGACAAAACUUUACAGCCGUGUUAUUGAAGCUGAGAUAAUUUCAGGUGGAAAUAUUGGUUCUCGGACAUUCAUACCUAGAAUGAAUUUGGUACCUUCGGACAGAAAGAUUCCUUUUGCAUUUCAAAGGAGGAUGGAACAUCUUGAAUUUCAAAUGUUUGCUAACGAAAUCCUAUCAAGGCUACCAACAAAGUGUGUUGCUCGAUUAAGAUGUGUUUCCAAACAAUGGCGAUACGAAUUGUCGUCACAUUUGUUUGCGAUUAUUCACUAUCGCCGUACCGCUAAAUAUGAAGAUCGUAAGCUUAUCACGCUGACCAAGUCAUCAAUUGAUCUUCAUAACUUGAUUAGUGGAAAGAAAGAUGCAGUUGGGAUUUAUAUUGAUUCAUCUAACGAUGUUAAAAUAUUACUUCUCCAAUGUCGUAAGGAUGAUGUUGUACCGCGUGUGUAUUCUCGUAACACAUGUGAAUGGAAAACUCUAACUUUAUUGAAAGGACCGGAUUACGGUUCAAGUUUAUAUUGGUUGUCUUCCGGAACUUUAUGCAAUAAUGUUUUAUAUUUUCCAUCUCCACACUAUUGGACGCCUGCUAAAAGUUAUACGAUUGCUUUUGAUGUGGAUUCUGAAACUUUCUCAAAGGUUUCCAUACCACAAUGUACUGAUGUUAUUGGUCGCCAAAGCAGUUUUUUCAAAAUCCGCAACACACUUCAUAUGUUUAUUUUUGGAAACACCCCUGAAAAAAAGUGA